AAUAUCCUCGUCACAUUGAUCGACCUGUUCGAGUUCGAUAAGCAAGGUUUGAGCGGUGGGCCACGUGGCUUAAUGACACUCGCUGAAUUCGAGGAUGUGCGUACCGAGCUCGCACGUGGUUCGCACAUCGGCAAACUAGUUGCGUUUUCAAGAGAUAAAGUAGUGGAAAAGAGCAACGAGGCGACUGAGGAACUCGCACAGCUAUCGAAACAUGAUGAACUUCGCAAACGAAUCAUUGAUAGAGGAGGCCUGGACAGCAUAGUCGAUAAUUUGGCGAAACCAGACCAUGCGUUAUUCGCUGCGAAUGCACUUGUGACUCUCAUGCAAUAUGGUGAGUGCUCCAAGACAUUUUGUCAACAAGUUUGACUGGGCUGUGUUCAGACGACGCCAAGGAACGGAUACUGAACACUAAAGUGGACCUAUAUUUGCUGCAGAUGAUCGAGGGACGCAUUUUUGAUGGAACCGUCGGAA